CCCUGCUUUGAAAUCGAAAACAAUUUGUCUUCCACCUUGAAUACGAGCUUCAAACCUUGGCCUUGGUAAUAACUAAUAAGUACUAAAAUAGCAGUUAUACCCUUCAUUAUUGGGUAUGCAUUUUAGACGUCUUAAUCCGUUGUUUUUUAGCAUCAUAUGUGAUGAUUUCAGUCGUUAAAUCUGAUUCCAAUCACGUUUUAUAGAUUGUCUUGAAGACGAACCUAAGAAUCUUGGAAAUUAUCAAACUCUAAAUGACAUACUCAUUGCAAAGGAGUGAAGAGGUUGACGAGAACACAAAAUAUCAACAUUUUGAUCAACGUACCCCUGGAGCAUCGAAAGGUUAAUGUAACCCCAUUCUAGUACUCAAGGCAUGUCAAAAAAUGUCUUGCGAAAGAAUGUAUAUUUAUUCAACGCGUUAACGGUUUUCCACAUCUCCGGAUUUUGUUUCAAUGAAGUCCUAACCAUUGCACGUCAAAUUUCUAUUCGGAAAUAAACUAUCCAAAUUGAGGUACAAAACACCAAUCCAGAUAAAGGCAAAGUACAAUGAGAGCCAUCAUUGAAGCUUUUUGAUUAACUUGGCUUGUCCUCCUUCUACACUCGAUGAAAUAUGCUUAGUCGAACGACGAAAAUCCAAGUCAAUUAAUUCAGUUUUGAGAUGGUAACCAUUCGAAUGAUGAAUUACAGUCUGCGCAAGCGACACAACACCAUGAUUUGUAAUUUGCAAUGACAUCAAAGGCCUACUGCACAUUGCACGUAAAGUGAAUACCAAAUCAUAAGCGUGAAGAUUAUAAAAGACUUGAAGAGAACAAGAUUCAGUCAGUUUCCCAACAGAUCAAUCAAGAUAGACUACUUUAUCAGGGACAUGUCAGAUGCUAAAUAAGGCUUGUUUUGGCCAACGAACCAGCUUACGUCCUCCUGAGAGUAAGUAUAAUUUAAUUAGAUGAAGGCAUUGCCAUCAUGUCACACCCGCAAUGGUUCAUGGCAAUCUGAUUCAUGUGUCGAGUUAAUGAGGUCAGAUUGGUUCUGGCCAUGUUAGAGUUCGAACAUGAUGCCAAAACAUUGGUUGAAGUACUAUAUACAAGUGUUCUGUGCGAUAUUGCCCCUCAUAACCAAACAAGGAGGGGCACGAACUCACCGGCUAAGAAAGUUGGGGCUUCCAUCAAUCACGAAUAAAGUGAUUGGAGGAGUGUCCCGUUUUGGUCGACCACAUGGAGCCAUCCUUUUUGGCCCCAACAAUCUGGAGGGCGAUUGGAACCAAAUUUGGACCCAAACAAGAACUGUGCCUGAAAAGUUGCCCGCGGUUCCAUCAGGAAGGGCUAAUGUUCGAUUUCCAUCUGGAGUCUCAGUGCGCCCCAAUGACACCUUUACUUCCGGACUGUUGCUUCAAUUUCCUGAGAUUGAAUGGGAAACAGAACCCAACUCAAUGUAUACCCUAAUGAUUGUGGACGUGGACAUUUUUCGACCGGAGAGCCCCGUGACGAACUUCAUUCAUUAUCUCAGCACGAAUAUUCCGGGAUCCAAUAUCAUGGCUGGCGAUGAGAACUUCCAAUUUAUCCCACCCUUCGCUUUUCUUUAUUCGCCCGAGAGUGGAUUGGUCGACGACCCGAAUUUUUCUCACAGAAUGGUGAUUCUCAUUUACAAACAGAGGUCAAGAAUUGAAACAGAGAUUGAGCAGGACUACUGCUCCCCAACCGUGUUUAACAGGCUACAGAAUUUAUCCGAUUUGGUCAGCAAAUACAGACUUGGUGUCCCAACCGCCGGUAACUUCUUGAGGGUCAAGUACUCCUCUACAACCAACAAAUUUUUGUGCAAAUUUUCGGCGUGCACAGGUUCGCCAUUUCCAGCGCCUUUACCCGGUAUCAACGACUCUCCCGAGUGCCAAAGCUACAAGUGAUACAUACAUGACAGAAAUAGACGUUUAUUAUACCUACCUCGAUCUUGGCGAGCAAGUCACCUGACUUUCAAGUGCUUUCAGCUAGAUUGAACAAAGAUACACUGCUAAACUUAGAAAUAAAACGGGCUUUAUCGCGCCCAUUGGUGACAUUA